CAGAGACAAAUGCCGGCGUCUUGUGGUCCCAUGGGGCUCAUGGCCUUUGGGAUUUGUACGGUAUUGAAAUCGUUUAUGUGGUAUGGCGUGUGUACACAAGAAACAUAUUCCUUCAUUGCGAUAUCGGGUAUCAUGUACGGCGGAUUUAUUCAAGUUGCAGCGGGCUGGUGGGAGCUGGUUAGCGGAAGGACUUUUAUUGCCACGGCCAACUUCAAUUUCGGAGCCUUCUGGCUCGGCAUCAGUCUAUUUGAUUUGUUGAGGGGUACUAUGGACAUUAAAGUUGAUCCCACGACAAUGCCUUGGGGCUACUUCAUAUGGUCUAUGGUCUGGUUUGUCCACACACUGGGCCUCACCUUGUGCACCCGAUAUACGAUUCGGCCGUUGCAGUUGAUGUACGUCAAUUCGACAUCGCUAUUUCUCGUGCUAGGGUUAGCUAACUUCUGGCCCAUAUUCUGGCAAAUCGGAGGCGUGAUGGGAUUUCUUUUGGGUCUCAAUGCCAUCUACAUAGCCUACGCCGAGAUUAUCAACACAGUCUAUGACAGAGAUAUCAUUCCUCUUUGGCCUUGUCCGAAGAAGGUGACGAUACUGGAUUGAUCUGUGCGACAAGCAUUUAUAGUCGUCCUACGUCUCUCUGGACCCAUGCCACUCCCUGUUUAUAUGACCCCCCUCCCCCCCCCCCUCAAGAAUAUUUUUUCGCGGCCAACCCACGGAUUAUUUAAGUCAAAAUUGUGCAAUGCGUAUUAGUUACAUAUUAGACAACCUACGAGCCUCAUAAUCCAUACAUAAUAAUAAAAGUACCGCUCAUACGUAUCGAC